ACCAAACCCACCUCAUAUCAUGUGAACGAAGAAAUGUUUUGGGUAGAUAGUAAUGCAUAUUAUCGAAGACUUUCAGAUUCGGAGCCAGCCAGCCAAUUGGUGUUUUGCUUGUCAUCUGCAAAAACAAAGCAAAUGUCGUGAUAAAUGAAGAAGGUAGAUGCUUCAAUGGAAGAAACCAACUUCUUUGGUCGGCAAUCUGAGAACUUUUUGUGUGGAUUUUCACCAGAAGAGAAUACCCAAGAAACCCUUUUAUCUGAUCUCAAUCUGGGACUCUCUUUGGGUAGCAUUUAUGAUGGAAAGUUCAAAGAGAGACCUUUUACCAGAUCAUUCACUGGAUUGAUCAAUCUUAACAAAGAUACUGUUGAAUUAGGUAACAUGCUCUCCUUGGAGAUGUCUGGGUCGAUCCCAAUUGAAGGAGAGCAAGAAGAGGGAAGGACAAGCAGUGGGGGCAUUGUUGGGGAGGAAAAGUCUCCUGAAGUAACAUCUUGGAUGGUUGCUUCUGCAGAGAAGAAUCCUGCACUUCAUCGUGCCUUGGAUCGAAUCAAGGCAGCUGAAGGAUGCAAGUUCCACAAAAAGCUUCGGAUACAUACAAAUAGAAAGAGAUGUUCUUUAAUGAGAGAAGCCAGCCGAGAAAUCAACUUCUCUGCUGAAACCAUUGAUGGGUAUACAGAGGUUCUUUUGCAUGGAUCUUUAGAGAAAACCAAAGAAACCCAAUUGUCCAAUCAAGAGCAGCUGGAACGCUUUGACCUCAAUCUUACACUCUCUUUGUCUGGGAUUAAUGAUGAUAACUCCAAAGAGAAAGCUUUUGCCCAAUCGUCGUCAGUCUCCAGUUUGAUAGAUCUGACCAAAGAUUCUGAUGAACUCAGUAACACACUCUCCUUUGUGAAAUCGUGCUCAAUUCCAAUGGAGGCAGAUCAAGAUGAAAGAAGGGCAAUAAGGCCAAGGUAUUUCCAAAUUGAGGCACAGAAUAGUUUGGAGAAGCAGAGAAGCGGGGCAGACAACAUUGGGGAAAAAAAAGUUUCUCUGCCAACUGCGGCGCCGUCUAGAAUAACUCCAUGGGAAGUUUCUUAUGUGGAGAACAAUCGUGCAUUGCAUCGUGCCUUAUCUAGGAUCAAGAAAGAUGAGUAUGUCAAUGGGAGAAGCAAAUUGAGAAACCUGUGUCUCCCCAGAAAACAUUGGUGGGCAACCAGAGAACCUUUUGCAUAGAUUAACUUGAAGAAAAACACAUUCCUACUAUCAUGAACAAAUCGGACUCUUAGACUUCAAUCUUAGAUUCUCUUUCGGUGGCAUAUAUGAUGAGAACUCCAAAGACCAACCUCUUAUUGUCAGUGUCCUUAUUGAUAAGCAAAGAUACGGCCAUGAACUUGGUACCUUGCUCCCCUCGGCAAGAUCUCAAGCACUGCCAACUGAGCAGAGAAGAAGGGAUUGCAGAUUGACGCCCUGGAUGUGUUGAAGAAGAAAAUUCUCUAGAGGCAACCAUAAGGCUGGCACCUUCAUCACAAAAAUCUCAGCUUGAUCAGUUGCUUCCUCUAAAAACCCUGCAUUGUGUCAUGCAUUAGCUAGAAUCAAGGCUGAAUACGGAUGUGCUUUCUUGUAGAGACUAUGCAGAGGGCCAGACGCUCCACAUCCAGCAGAGAUGCUAAUAACCCCCGACAUUGCCUGAGCAAGAGGAUGCUCAACCUAAAGGCUAAAGCCACCUUUGAUGGAAAACCAAUCAAUUUUGCGAAACUAACACCGAAAAUAUCUCACACUUUGUAAUGGCAUUGUUCGAGGCGAUUGGAUGGAAGUGAUGAAGAAGCAGCCUAGAAUGACAACUAUGGGAGGAAACAGACUGAAUGAAAGGAAUAUAGAAGGGUUUCUGCACAGAUACUGAAUGGAAGCUCAAUACUAAAUCAUGCAUUUCUCUGUUAAAACCUUCUCCAUCCAUGUCUCCUCUUCAUUUGAUUUGGUUGAGAAUUGAAUCACUACACACAACCAAUUUUGAUUCAUUAAAUUCAUGCCCACUUAGAACAGAGUAGCCUUGUUCUUUCCUGUAUAUGCCAUAAGUUCACAGAUAAUGCGUAUUUUAGAAUUAAUUAUUGUUUUUGGGGGAGAUAAGAAAGGACAGCCUCAGGGUUUGUCUCUGUUUUGAAAUGUUUGGUGAUAUUCUGUCUUUUAUUAGAGGUAAAUAUAACUGGCAGACCCGUUGUUAUCUAGAUCUAAAACUAUGUUGUAAUAAAUAUAUUGAAGGAAA